CGCCGGCACCCCGCGGUGCGCACCCCGCGCCCCGACCGCUCGCUGCUGCUCUCCGGGCGCUCACCACCCGGCGCGCGCGUGCCCGCUCUUCCUCCUCCCCCUCCCCGUCCCGGUCCCCAUCCCCAUCCCUGCCAGCAAAGCACCGCUGAAGAUGGCGAGCCCGGCGCCCGACGAGCACGCCGCACAAGGAUGCCCGGCCCCGGCUACGGAGGAGCAGGCUCCGAGGCCCGGGGUUCCCGGGGAGGAGGCGGCGGUGCGGGACGCAGGGCCGGCGGGCGCGGGGCCGCAGGUGGAGGAGGCCGCGGGCAGGGUGGCCGCCGCCCUGACCUGGCUGCUCGGGGAGCCGGUGCUGUGGCUGGGCUGCCGCGCCGAUGAGCUCCUAAGCUGGAAGAGGCCGCUGCGCAGUCUGCUCGCCUUCCUGGGUGCCAACCUGCUGUUCUGGUUCCUGGCGUUGACUCCAUGGAGAGUUUAUCAUCUCAUUUCUGUCAUGAUACUUGGUCGUGUUAUCAUGCAGAUCAUCAAGGACAUGGUGUUGUCCAGGACAAGAGGUGCACAGCUGUGGAGAAGCCUCAGUGAAAGCUGGGAAGUCAUCAAUUCCAAGCCAGAUGAAAGACCCAGGCUGAGCCACUGCAUUGCAGAGUCGUGGAUGAAUUUCAGCAUAUUUCUUCAAGAAAUGUCUCUUUUUAAACAGCAGAGCCCCGGCAAGUUUUGUCUCCUGGUCUGCAGUGUGUGCACAUUUUUUACAAUCUUGGGAAGUUACAUUCCUGGGGUCAUACUCAGCUAUCUACUGUUACUGUUCGCUUUUUUGUGUCCACUGAUUAAAUGUAAUGAUAUUGGACAAAAAAUAUACAGCAAAAUCAAGUCCAUUCUAUUGAAGCUAGAUUUUGGAAUUGGAGAAUAUAUUAACCAGAAGAAACGUGAGAGAACUGAAGCAGAUAAAGAAAAAAGUCACAAGGAUGACAGUGAAUUAGACUUUUCAGCUCUUUGUCCUAAGAUUAGCCUCACAGUUGCAGCCAAAGAGCUAUCUGUGUCAGACACAGAUGUGUCAGAAGUAUCUUGGACUGAUAAUGGGACCUUCAACCUUUCAGAAGGGUACACUCCACAGACAGACACUUCUGAUGAUCUUGACCGGCCCUGUGAGGAAAUCUUUUCUCGAGAUCUCUCAGAUUUUCCAUCUCUGGAAAAUGGGACGGGAACAAAUGAUGAAGACGACUUAAGCCUUGGCAUACCUGCUGAGCUCACGAGAAAAAAACAACAGUUGGACAAUGGUCACAGACCAAGCAAAGACAGGCAGUCAUCAGCUGGGUUCUCCCUUCCUCUGAACAGUGACCAAGCCCUUCACUUGAUGAGCAACCUGGCAGGGGAUGUCAUCACAGCGGCCAUGACUGCUGCUAUCAAAGACCAGCUAGAAGGGGCCCAGCAGGCACUGGCUCAGGCUGCACCCACUAUAGGAGAAGACACAGACACAGAAGAAGGGGAUGAUUUCGAACUACUUGACCAGGCAGAGCUGGAUCAAAUUGAGAGUGAACUGGGACUAACACAAGACCAAGAGGUAGAAGCCCAGCAAAGUAAGAAGUCUCCGGGCUUCCUUUCCAAUCUCCUUGGAGGCCAUUAACUGGGAAUCAGCUUGCAGCAAAGCACAGAUAAACCAUCCAAAAAUUUCAAACAAGCAGGGGGAAAAAUGGAAAAAAAAUUGAAUUGUAAGCUUUAAUUACUUUAGAUUUUUUUUGUUCUCUUUUCCCUUCUAUAGUGAGUUGGAUAUGUAUCGACUGAUAAUGAUAGACUGACAUUUCUGAUAGCUAUUUUUAUGUAAAAAGCAUGGAAAUGAACUUUAUAGCUACAUAUAGACAUACUGUGGUGUCAUAAGUGAUUAGGGGUUGUUUUUAAAGUGAAGAGAAAAUAAAACACCAAAAAGCCCCCAUCAAACUAUUAAGAUCUUUCUAUGAGUAUUCUUUUUCUUUAUAAUUUUUAAGCAUGCAGAGACUUAUCCUAACUUGUUGAAAAGUAACAAUUGUGAACACAUGCUCUGUCAGCUCCCUUAUUACUCAUACUUGGAAGCAGUUUAUCAAACUUUAGUAGAUUUUAAUGUAAAUUGGAGAAAUUAUCAAAAUGUUUUUAGUUGAAGGGCUAUGGAAAUGCUAUCAAAAUUAAUUUUCUAGGAAAAACUUCAAAAGUAAGUACUACCUAUAGGCAGAAAUAUUUCUGUGUUGUUUCUACAGUUGUAGACAUAGGCUUACUUGUCAAGUGGCAUGCUCCACUGAUUGCCACAUCUACUCUUGGAAAGAGGUGGUACUGACUCCCAGAAAGCAAGUGGUUAUGUAUCCCAUAAUAAUGCGCUUGUCAUGUUUGCAAUGAGGAGGUUAUACGUGCAGUUGUAUUUUGCACGCUCAGAUGUAAGUAAAAUCUGAUGUUUUUAUAUUAUGUUAUAGUCUCCUAAGAUUGUGAAAAACUAGCUACUGGUAUGUCCUAAGAGUGAUGUGGCCUUUGGUGAUAUAAAACAACUGUUUUUUUGUUUGUUUGUUUGUUUGUUUGUUUGUUUUUUUUUUCUGGUUUACAGACACAGAGGAGAGGAACUUUCUUGAACUUAAAAGUUCAUUUCUUUGCCACUUCAGCCUAAAUAUGUAAACUGUUUCUUACUGGGAAGCUAGAAUAUUUUUCCUUUAAACUUUUUUUGAUCACCUUUACAUAAUCACAUUUGACUUAGAGUGGAAACCAAGAUAGUUUUGUGAAACAAUUUUAGCAGUACGGAGGGACCAUGUCCACAACUAUCUUAACCUUCAGUUUUAGCUGGCAUUUCUGCACAGACAUGCGAGACCCUUAAGACUGUAGACAUCUGUGUUCUCUUUCACUUUCAUCCCUUUUAUUUCUAAAGACAAAUUACAGCUAACUUGAAAUUUUAAUGUACUAUCUCUUAUUUAUGUUUUUUUGGAGGUAUUAAAAUAUCUAGACUGAAUUUUGCCAAAUGAUAAGGGAGAGAAGUUACUGAAGACUCUGAAUACUUGCUCUUUUUGAUUGACCUAUGCUUAUGUCAUUAGUGCCUCACAAUCGUGUUUGAUGUCCUUUAUUGAUUUAAAGUGAGCCUGUGCCUUCAUUCUCUUGCCCAUUUUGGUAGCAAUGUAAAUCUGUGUUAGAAAAUCUUGGAACUGUGUGAGUCCGGGAAGAAUCUAUCUGAAUUCUAUUCAAUGCAUUUGCUGGAUGUGAAGAAAAAUACAGCCACAUAUUUAUAAAAUAGUUGUUACCAGUA